UUUUUUUUUAAUCCAUAUCUCCAUGAAAAAUAAAAUAUGAUGUUUCAAGUAACAAUCACCAAAUGAAAAGCUAAACAAAUCCCAUACUUUCAAGAAUACAUCCAAGUUAGGAGACUAAAAAAACAUAUAUAAUAUUCAUUUACCAACAAAAGCUAAACCCAGUCUUCCUCAAGAGAUAAACAUAAAUCACUUAAGCUUUCAUUAUCUUUGCUUAAAGGGUCCAGUCCACAUCAGCACAAUUGGUGUGGAGAGAUGUGAUUCUCCAGGAAACCGCGUUUGUCCACACCGUUAGGCAUCCAUUUUAAACACCAUGAAUUCAUGUGUUGGUGUUGUAGAGAAAGAAUCACUUGGAGCUGGAGCUGGAGCUUCUUUCAUUGGCUUCCUUUUUCUUGACAGCCUUCACUGAAGAAUGUCUUCUUACUCUCCUUUAUUAUCAUCAAAUUCAAAUUCUUCGGACAAUGACCAACACGAUGAUAUGGAUUUCGUGAUAGAAGACUACCUGAACUUUACUGGAGACGAUGAAGAGAACGGAUGCGUAUUGCCAUCUCCAGAGCUCCACCAGAAACCUUUGCUCCGAGCAAACACUGCUCCUGUUCAUGCAACCUACACUUUUAAUUCUACCAAGGAUUUGGUAAACAAUACAGCAUCAAGAGGAGGAAGGAUGAAAAUGGCAUUCAAGACCAAAUCAGAACAUGAGAUAUUAGAUGAUGGAUACAAAUGGAGAAAAUACGGGAAGAAGAUGGUGAAGGACAGCCCAAAUCCAAGGAAUUACUAUAGAUGCUCGUACACUGGAUGCGAUGUGAAGAAGAGAGUAGAGAGACUGAGAGAAGAUCCGAGCUAUGUGAUAACAACAUAUGAAGGUGUUCAUAACCAUCUAGCUCCUUCAGCUUCUACAGUUAAACAAAUUCAGAGUUCGUAUUCACUACCAGCUCAUGGCUUCUCUACAUGAAGACUAUCAGAAGAAAUUUCAGUCUACUGUCCGUAAUUCAUUGUAUCAUGAUGUAGAGAUGGAUCACUAGAUCAUUAAUUUUAGUGUAUUUCUGUGUUGAUAGAGUUUGUUGUUGUCAUCCAGGCUUUUCUCACUGAGAAAUAAAGCAUGGAUGUUCAUAAUAAAUAAAAGGCACUUACGUAACUGAAACGAAGUUUAUUUUCAGAGACAAAUCAGAGAAACUUUUAAUGCAUGUGCAAUAAAAUGAAGAUGAUCGAUCAUA